AUGGGGCUCCGUGGUGGGCCUCUCGCGUCCCUGCUCCUCCGCCUCUUUCUCCUACUCCAGGCGCAGGUUUACAGGCUGCCGCGCGCGGCCUCGGAACCGUGCCGGGCAGGCUUCGGGGAAGCUGAAGUGACCUUGGAGGCGCGAGGCGCGGAGCUGGAGCCGGGCCAGGCGCAGGGAAAAGUGGUCUUCACAGACUGCCCUGGGCAAGAGGCGGCCCUGCUGACUGACGAUGACUUCAUUGUCCUGAACGAUGAAACAGUCCAGGAAAGGAAAGCACUGAAGAUCUCCCCACCCACACCUGUCUUACGAAGGCGCAAGAGAGAAUGGGUGGUCCCGCCAAUAUCUGUGCCUGAGAAUGGCAAGGGUCCUUUCCCCCAGAGGCUAAAUCAGCUCAAAUCUAAUAAGGACAGAGGCACCAAGAUUUUCUACAGCAUCACAGGGCCUGGGGCAGACAGCCCACCAGAGGGUAUCUUCGCCAUAGAGAAGGAAACAGGCUGGUUGUUGCUGAAUAAGCCACUGGACCGGGAGAAGAUUGCCAAGUAUGAGCUCUUUGGCCAUGCUGUGUCAGAGAACGGCGCCUCUGUGGAAGAUCCCAUGAACAUCUCCAUCAUUGUAACAGACCAGAAUGACCACAAGCCCAAGUUCACCCAGGAUGUCUUCAGAGGGAGCGUCUUGGAAGGGGUGCUACCUGGCACUUCUGUGAUGCAGGUGACAGCCACGGAUGAGGACGACGCCGUCAACACCUACAACGGGGUGGUUGCUUACUCCAUCCACAGUCAAGAGCCAAAGGACCCGCAUGACCUCAUGUUCACAGUCCACCGGAGCACGGGCACCAUCAGCGUCAUCUCCAGUGGCCUGGACCGGGAAAGAGUCCCCGAGUACACACUGACCAUCCACGCCACAGACAUGGAUGGGGAUGGCUCCAGCACCACGGCUGUGGCCAUAGUGGAAAUCCUCGAUGCCAACGACAAUGCUCCCGUUUUUUAUCCCCAGAAGUACGAGGCCCGUGUGCCCGAGAACACAGUGAGCCAUGAGGUGCAGAGGCUGACAGUGACUGAUCUGGACGCCCCUAACUCACCGGCAUGGCGUGCCACCUACCGCAUCGUGGGAGGUGACAACGGGGACCAUUUUACCAUCACUACUGACCCCGAGAGCAACCAGGGUAUCCUGACAACCAAGAAGGACUUGGAUUUUGAGGCCAAAACCCAGCACACUCUGUACGUUGAAGUGAUCAACGAGGUUCCCUUUGUGGUGAAACUCCCAACCUCCACAGCCACCGUAGUGGUCCAUGUGGAGGAUGUGAAUGAGCCACCCGUGUUCGUCCCACCCUCCAAAGUCAUCAAAAUCCAGGAGGGCAUCUCCAUUGGGGAGCCUGUUUGCAAUUACACUGCUCAGGACCCAGACAAGGGGAGUCAGAAGAUCAGUUACCGCAUCCUGAGAGACCCGGCAGGGUGGCUAGCGAUGGACCCAGACAGUGGGCAGGUCACUGCCGCAGGGAUCUUGGACCGUGAGGAUGAGCAGUUUGUGAGGAACAACAUCUACGAAGUCAUGGUCUUGGCCACAGAUGAUGGGAGCCCUCCCAUCACUGGCACAGGGACCCUCCUGCUAACACUGAUGGACAUCAAUGACCACGGUCCGGUCCCCGAGCCCCGUCAGAUCACCAUCUGCAACCAAAGCCCUGUGCCCCAGGUGCUAAACAUCACAGACAAGGACUUGUCCCCCCACACUGCCCCUUUCCAGGCCCAACUCACACACGACUCGGACGUCUAUUGGACAGCAGAAGUCAGCGAGAAAGGAGACACAGUAGCCUUGUCCCUGAAGAAGUUCCUGAAGCAAGACAAUUACGAUGUGCACCUUUCCCUGUCUGACCACGGCAACAAGGAGCAGCUGACAGUGAUCAAAGCCACCGUGUGCAACUGCCACGGCCACGUGGAGAAGGACACCUGCGCAGAACCCUGGAAGGGGGGUUUCCUCCUCCCCAUCCUGGGCGCUGCCCUGGCUCUGCUGCUCCUCCUGCUGGUGCUCCUGUUCUUGGUGAGAAAGAAGCGGAAGAUCAAGGAGCCCCUUCUCCUCCCAGAAGAUGACACCCGUGACAACGUCUUCUACUAUGGCGAAGAGGGGGGUGGUGAGGAGGACCAGGACUAUGACAUCACCCAACUCCACCGGGGUCUGGAGGCCCGGCCUGAGGUGGUUCUCCGCAACGAUGUGGCACCAUCUUUCAUCCCCACACCCAUGUACCGUCCUCGGCCAGCCAACCCAGAUGAAAUCGGCAACUUCAUCAUUGAGAACCUAAAGGCGGCCAACACAGACCCCACGGCCCCGCCCUACGACUCCCUGUUGGUGUUCGACUAUGAGGGCAGUGGCUCCGAUGCCGCCUCUCUGAGCUCGCUCAGCUCCUCCACCUCUGACCAGGACCAAGACUACAACUAUCUGAAUGAGUGGGGCAGCCGCUUCAAGAAGCUGGCGGACAUGUACGGCGGGGGCCAGGACGACUAGGACUCCCUAAACGCCGGGCUGCAGCAGCAACUCCAAGGGGUCUUUGUCCCCACGUUGGCCAAGGACUUUGCAGCUUGCUGAGAAUUGGCCUUAGCAACUUGGAGGGAAGAGGCCUCGAAGCUGACCUCAAAGGGGCAGGUCUCUAUGCCUUUCAGAAUGGAGGAACAUGGGCAGUUUGAUUUCAACAGUGAGCACCUCUUAACCUAGGCCAAGGCUGCCCAAUUUCUGGGAGUCUCCCCGCUUCCAUAAAAUGCUCAGCGCUGGGUCCUGGGUCUUGACCGACUCUGACUCCCCCAUGAUGGCUUUUGCUCUGGAAUGGACCCUUCUCCUUAGUAAGAGGCCUCUUACCACAAUCUGCAUUUUUUUUUUUAAGGCUAUUUUCAAAAAGUGAGAGGCAGGUCCUCAACCACCCCUGGAGCACUCCAGAAGCCCAGGUGUGCCCUCACGCAUUUCUCUCUGGUCUCUUGGCCCCCAGGCCUCCUGUUUGAUUGGAUAACUGCGUUUUUAUACUGAGCGCGUCUAGG